AUGUUUUAUGGAUAUUCCUCACACAGCAGUGGGUGCGAAGUGGCUUGGCAGUACGUCCUCGUUGUUAAUAAAAGUGAACGGACUUACUUACCGGAGGAUUCUCAGCUAGUGGAAAACUUCCUGAGCCUGCUGUCCAACGAGACGCUCAGUGAUGUAACGAUCCAGGUUGGGUCGGAAAAGUUUUACGCCCAAAAGGCGAUCCUCUCGGUUCGAAGUCCCGUUUUUGCAGCCAUGUUCCAGAGUGGAAUGCAAGAAUCAACGCAGAACCGCCUCACGGUCGACGACAUCAAACCGGAGGUGUUCAAAGAAAUGCUUCGGUACGUCUACGUUGGCAAGGUCGAACGACUGAAGGAGAUGCCCCACGAACUGCUGGUCGCUGCUGACAAAUACGCUGUGGACCGACUGAGGAAGAUUUGUGAAAAUCAUCUGCUUGGCCAUAUCAACAAGGAUACGGUGCUCAAAACACUGGCGCUGGCCGAUUUGCACCACGCUGACGAGCUGAAGAAGCAGUCGAUUCAGUUUAUCUGCAAGAACAUCAAGUCGAUGCAGGGUACCGAUUGGAUGGACUACAACGGCGCUCAUCCGGACCUGGUGGCGGCCAUUUUGAGUGCCAUGACUGAGAUUUGA